AUGAAUAGUUGUGAGAGUAAUAGUAGUCGUUGUAAUAUCAGCAAAUCAAUUUGUUUUGAUUGUCAAGUGUUAUUUUGUUUGGAGAGUUGUUGUCGUUGUUCACAAACCGCCAGCACACUUCAUGAAAAUCAUAAAGUACAUAUUGGUGGUGGCGACUCAACAAUCAUUGACCAUAUUCGAAGCGAGAGAGACAGAGUCUACAAUGUCAUAAAGUUGCGUUCGUCCAUCUAUCAGUCAUUGACGCAGACAGAGAAUGAGAUAUCAGAAGCAUUCGGUGAGCUACACGAACUACUACGAUUGGAGGAGUACAAACUACGUAGACCAAUCAACAAUCUCAAAGAUACACUAGAACAACAAAUCAACCAACAUUUCAACCAAUUAAAACAUUUAGUUAACAUUAUCAAUAGGAAUGACGAUAUAAUUAAUAAAAAUAAUAACAAUAGUAGUAGUGGUGAUAGUUAUAAUUAUAAUCAAGAGGAAGAGAAUAACAAUAUUAGCAACUAUCAAAUAACUAAUAUUAUCGAUAAAAUCAAUCGAUCAGAAUGUCUGAAAUCGUUAAUUGAUGAUAUUGGAUAUCAUUUGUUAUCUGAGUUCAGUAAUGAACAGUUUGGGAACGAAGAGGAUCAAGUAGAGUCUACCGACAUAGAUAUAAUGGAACUUGUAUUGAAAUACUAUAGUUCGUUUGUGUUGAAUGAAGAGUUACUUGCAUCUCCUUCGAGAAAUAACACAACUUUCAAAUUGGUAGUGGAUAAGCCAUCUGUCAACAAAGUAAAACAAUCAAUUAAACAAUCAUUUAUGUUGGUAACUCAGAGAUAUAGACAACAAUUACAACAAGAGCAACAAAUGGCUAAACUUUCACUAUCCCAAUCUAAUCUUCAACCUAAAUCAGAACAACAACAAUAUCUACAACAACAAUACAUAUUAUCAAUCACAUGGGAUAAUAAAUUUGCAACAUUAAUUCAAUUACCAUGUGGUGGAACAACAACUACAACAACAGGAGGAUCUACAGAACUAACAAAACAAUCAAUUGACUUGGGAUUUACAUUUAACUUUUCAUACAAUUCAGUUGUUACUGUAGAUGAUUGUAUCUAUAUCUUUGGGAAUGAUUCCCAUCAGUUAGCUAAUCGAUACUUUAGGUUUUCAAUUAGAAGCAAAUCGAUUGAUUUCGUGGGUGAAAUGACCUCUGGAAUCAAAGGAAGUAGUAUAUCGGCAUGCUUCGAUGGAAUAGACACAGUCUAUCUAGUACAUAGAAAUGAUAAUGCUAUACACAAGUUUACUAUUUCCAAACGGCAGUUUGAAAGAUACCAUCAAGAUUUCAACUAUAGGAAUAACUAUUAUUCAUUCUACUAUGACAGUAUUAUCUACUUUAUACCAACACAAUCCAAUAAUAAUAAUAACAGUAUCUAUCUAUUCGAUACUAAAUCGAAAGCGAUAACACAACACAAAGAUCAACUUCUCAACGAUGAUAUCAAAUCGGCAUGUACAGAUGGCGAUGGUAAUAUCUACCUUUAUUCAAGUGGUAGCAACCGAUUCCAAAGAUUCAGUACACAUACCAAUCAAAUAGAGAUACUCUGUUCUGCACCAUUCAAAUUCGAAUCGAAUAUCUACCUAUCAAUGGUAUAUCACCAAGCAUCACCAACAGCAACAACAACAACAACACAGGAUCAUGAUGAUGAUGAUGAUGACUGUCAUAUCUAUAUAUUAGGUGGUACUUCCAACAAGAAAAACAAGAAUUUUAAAUAUUCUAUUCUCAACAAUACAUGGAGUCAAUUCUUUAGUGAAGAUGAUAAAGAUAGAGAUUCAUGUGCAUCUUCCAUCGUUUACAUGACAAACCAAAAGUAA